AUGAAGAUGGUAAGCCAAAAUCUAACGGGGACGUUGCUCCUCUUCACCACAUUUCUUUUCAUUUCCCGCUCAAUCUCAGCCAUUGAUUCUCCUCCAAGACUAAACGCAACAACCAACGAUCUAACUUUCAUCCGAACAAGCUGCAACGCUACUCUAUAUCCAGACCUCUGCUUCAACUCUCUCGCCAGCUACGCCUCCGCCGUUCAAAACAGUCCAGCGAGGCUAGCAAAACUCGCUAUCGGUGUUACCAUUUCAAAAGCUAAAUCAACGGCUAUUUUUCUUACCAAACUCUCGCGGUCCGCAACCAAAGUCAAAGACUGUGCUUCUUACCUCAAAGACGCACUCGACGAGAUGAGAGAUUCUCUCCGAACACUACGCGACAUUAGCCGCGGAGUAGGCAUCACUGCGGCUCCGUCAUCGGUGGAGAUGUUUAGAUUCAAGAUGAGUGACGUGCAGACGUAUAUGAGUGCAGCAUUGACGUAUGAAGAUACGUGUACGGACGAAUAUGAGGAAAUGGAAGGGACCAAGACGGCUGUUUAUGAUCGGGUGAACAAUCUGAAGAGGUUAACUAGUAAUGCUCUUGCGCUUGUUAAUAGUUAUGCCAACAAUGGAGCUCCAUGAGAUCAUGAAAGAGUUUUUUAACCUUUAAUUUAAAUGUUUCUUGUGAUGAUUCCUUUACUUUGUUAAAUAUUUAUUCUGAUAAGUUAGUAGAUCAUGGGUUUAAAACUUUUAAAUUCAAAAUGUAUCAUAUACUUGAGUUCAGUGUGGUACUGGUACAUGUUAUAUACUUAAAUUGUCAGAUUUUCUUGUGAUUAGUAGGAGAUAUAAUUUUUUGGUGUAA